UACAUAAGAACCGCAUAUCCCAGCAUUUCUCCAUCAAACCUAAAUUUUGAUAUUGCUACUCCUUUCUCCUCUGAAGAACACUUCGUAGCGCCUUUUAGAGUUUUAAGAAGAAUUGAAACAUGAAUUCAGCGAGCAGAGCCUGGGUUGUAGCGACAAGUGUUGGAGUUGUGGAGGCCUUGAAGGACCAAGGAAUUUGCAGAUGGAACUACGCUUUAAGGUCCGUGCAACAACAUCUGAAGAAUCAGGCCAGGUCCAUCUCUCAGGCUAAGAAGCUGUCUUCUACUCCUUCUGCAAUGGUUUCCAAAAGACUCAAGGACGAGAAGGCAAAGCAAUCAGAAGAGUCCCUGAGGACAGUCAUGUAUUUGAGCUGCUGGGGUCCUAAUUAGGACAGAAGUGCAUACUUUCUUUUUCCUUUUUGAAACAAAAAAAUUGUUCGGUCCAUCGUGAAAGCCGAAAGGACUGAUGUAAAUUUUGAUAAAUGAUAGAUGCAGUGUGAAACACUAGCAAAUUUCAAUUA